AUGAAUCGAUUGUCUCGACCAGUUCUCGCUCUCCGACCUGUCGUCGGCCAGUCCGCCCGAAAUUCGUAUUUCAAGUUCGUCACCAACGGUAAAAUCCGAUCCACCAAAGAGCUUUUCUUCGAGACUGCUUCCCACGGUAAUGAAGUCCUCGUUCUCGCCAUGUACGGCGCUCUUACUCUUGGUAUCCUCUUCUACCAGGGUGUCUACAACUGUCUCCUAAAGAAGACAGAAAUGAAGCUCUACCCCGAUCGACGAUCCCUCUUCGAGCAGUACAUGGAGCCCCUCGGUCUUGACGAUCCCCAGGCUCUCCGAAUCUGGCAGCCACCACACUCGAUCGAGUACCGAUUCUUCUGCAACAAGUUCGGCUGGAAGGACGAUCUUAAGGAGCUCCUCCGAGAAAUCUACUCCUUCGACAAGCCCGGAGCUGUCAUGCCCGACACUAUUGCUGUUCCCGCCGUUCUUGACGAAUCUACCAAGACGCUUUUGAGAUUUUUUGCUCAUUCCAGUUAUAAUUAUGCCCUGGGCGAAGCAGAUCGUAGAAUAAUUGCCAUGAUCUUGGGCAAGGACUCUCAGCCAUUGACUGCCUCGAUGAAGGACGCCCUCCGUGCUGCUCUCCACGAAUAA